AAACUCGUUUGCCCUCGCUUUCGGCACGGCGGAGCAGUUGCGGCGCUGGGCUUCGGUGACGAGCAUUCCCUACGCGGGCCGCCGCAUCUCCGCGCCGCCAGUGAUGUUUUGGUUUCGGUGAGACACGCGCUCCGCGCCGGCAGCACGCUCCCGCGGCAAUGGGAUUUUUACGAACGACGGCCAACGUCUUCUUCUUCCUGCUAUCUUUCGUCACCUUCUUCAUGGGCGUGGUUGUGCUCGGUUACAUGCUCUGGGUCCUGGCCACCACAGAGAACAGGAGGUUCAUCGACGGCGUCCUGGUGUUCACCUACGUUCACCUGGGAGUAGGAGCUGCGUGGUUCCUCACAGGUAUGUGUGGCUGGAUCGGGUCGUACAAGAAAGGCGGCCUCGGCAUGAAACUGUUCCUGUUCCUCGCCGUUGUCAUGGUAGCGGCGGAAAUAGGUGGCAUCGUUGCCCUCAGCAUACUCAAAAUAAAGAUGGUGGACAUCUUAAAGUCCGGCUGGAUAGAAGUGAACGAGCCCACGAAAAACUUCAUCCAGGACAGGCUGGACUGCUGCGGCUUCAGCGGCCCCAAAGAGUUCGCCACCACAAACAGCCACAUAGACGAGACCUGUUAUCGGUUAGUGGGCGAGACGGAGGAUGUCUCUAUCAAAGAGAUCCGCCGGAUCAAAAGGGCGGGCUGCAAAGAGAGGCUGGUGGAUUUCUUCUACAAGCACAAGAUCAUUUGGAUAUCUUCGCUCGGCGUCGUCCUACUGCUACAGGUGACGGCGAUACUACUGUCAGUGUACCUCAUCAACGCCAAGAAGAGAGAGCUACGCGAGAACUCCUUCAGCUCGCUCACCCACCGAUCCUACACCACAGGAUACUGACAGCGGCCGCCGGCGCCGGAACAGGAAGUGCUUGUCUGGCUGUGACGAUUGGAAGCUAGUACGUCACCUACGACGACACAGAGGGACGCCGGACGAUCCCUACAGGAGGAGCCAUGAGUACCGGAGCACAGCAGUUCAAGGCACCGACAGUGUUCUAGUGAACUUAGCGUGACGUGCUGUAGAAAACGAGUCAUACGCUUGAACAUUGACACGGACUUUUUUAACUAUCAGCAAGGACGUUUAGCGUUUUGACGUAGGUGCAAAAGCCACAUCGUUGAUGAUUCCGGUGCCGAAAUGUCAGUCAUGGAAAGCAGUAUAGCGUCGUGAUUGACGUAUGAAAGUGUUAGCGAUUGUUACGGCUUUGUCAUAGAGGAUCGUGUCACGCGAUUUUGCUUGCAGUCGUGAGCGCAUAGAUUUAAGUUUACACGAAAAAUGCGAGGUUGGGUGUUCCCGUGACCGCAUCUGCCCCUUGAAGACUUUGGAGCGAUGGUCACAAUCUGUGAGGGAGUUAAUUCAGGCACGUUUCACACUUGCAAGUGCAGAACCCUAGCAUGAUUUAUGCCUAAACAGAGUAAAUGCGUGCUCUAAGAGAAAAAA